GCUUAGUGGAAUCACAAGAAUUUUGGGAUUAGAAUUGUUUGCAACAACAUAUUUUCAACUGUUCCGUAAAUAGUAAUUUUGCUGAAAAAUGAAAUUAUUCCUGGUAGUAUUGUUGGCUUUGUGCGCCGUCGUGUGCGCUUACCCCAGUCCAGGCGCUGAGGAGGCACAGCAAGAGACAUUGGAAACCGUGAAUGUGCCGCUUGCAGUGGACAUGGAUGUUGGUCACAUACGUCAAGCUCGUGGUGGUUGUGGUAGUUGCGGCGGCGGCGGUCGUUAUGGCGGUGGCGGUGGUGGUUAUGGUAGACGUCCGUUCCUCGGUGGUGGCGGUGGUCGUGGCGGUUAUGGAGGAUCUCAGCCCUUCGGUAAUUUUGGUGGUGGCAGUAGUGCGCAAGCUUCCGCAAGCGCCUCCUCUUCCUCAUACGGUUCAUAUGGUUCAUAUGGACGUUAAAUACAAUAACAGUUUAAUGUGAUAAAGUGAAAAAACUUUUUUUAAAUUUUUAAUAAAGAAUAUAAUCAAAAA